ACUAAACGCAUAACUCUAUAAUUUUAGUAUUUCAGAUGUAAAUUUUCCAAUUUAUGUCUAAUCAUAGAUACAGUUGGCUUGACUUAUUUCAAUCUUGACGUAUACAUGAAGCACUUUUAAAAGCUCCUUAGCCAAAGACGGAACGGAGGUUAAUGAGGUACUGUUUUCGAAAUAUGGCGGCAACUGUCAAAGCUUUUUCAACUUUGCCGACAAUUAAAUUAUUAGGAGCUUUGAUCUCGCUUUAGUACUUUUGGCAAUGGCCUUUGACAACAGGAGAGCUCUUUGGCUGGCAGCUGGCCUACUUUCAGGCUUAGGGACGGCUUUCUGUAUCGCUGAAUUACGAAAAUUUAUCAGGGAAAAAUGUACGCGUAAACCACUGUCCCAUCUGGAAGAUAAUAUUAAAUUAGAGGAUCUGGAAAUUCUCGUACGCUCUUCCAAUUACUCACUGAGGAAGAGCGCCGAACAAGUUGUGCUGGAUAAAGCAAUGAAGAACAAAAAUUUAGAUUUUAUCGUGAAUGCCUGCUUCAGUGAUGACGAAUUUCAAGUUUUGAAGGCAGUUGUUGCUCUGGCUAUGCUGGUAAAGAACUCGGAACGCAACGAAAGAGAAAAAUUGAUUGAGCACAAAGUACUUGAAUCGCUCUCUCACUCCCUCGUUCAGUCGGUGCAAGUUGGCUAUAGAAGGCUAGUCGAGAUGGGAGGCUAUGACUUGCGUUUGCAAAGAUGUGCGUCGGAAUCGUUAUUUCAUUUAAUUUACGAUGAAGAGGCGACUAAACUUCGUCUGGCUCAGUCAAAUUCGUCCAUUUUCGCUGUUGUUUUACAGCUGAUUUCGGAGGGGAGAAGCAAAGAGGUUAUGCGAUGGAGCUUGUUCAUUGUUCAUCAGCUGGCGUCCUGUGACUCGUUGCGACCUGAACUGUUAGCCAACGGUGUUAUACCAGCUGUCUCGGCGAUGCUUGUGAGAAACCAAGGAGACUUUAUACUCAUGAAAACAUGUCUGCACACCAUGGUGAUGUUUGUGAACAAUACUACGGAAAGUGAGAUUGCACAUCUCAAGGAGAUGGCUAAAUAUGAUGUCUUUAGGACGGCGGUAGUGUCCCUCAGAGCAGAUGAUGGUGACCUUGUUUACUGGGCAGCUGGACUUUUGCAUCAGUUUGCUAUUCAAGACCUUUACAAAGCAGAAAUCUGUGCCACUCCAAACAUUGUCAAAUCUUUGCAGAAUGUGUUAUGCUCAAGUGAAGCAACUUUACAAAGACUAAUUCUGCGUCUUCUCAGUUUCUUGUGCGUUGGAAGCAAAUCCUUCAGGAACAGUGUGCUUCACUGCUCCUCACUUGUGGCACGGCUACCAGUUUGUCUUGCAUCAGGUGACACAGACAUUGUCCACUGGUCAGUGGUUCUGCUUCAUGACUUGGUUCUGUCUGAAGGGAAUCCAGCUGCAAAUCGUGCUGCAGCUCUGAGAGUGCUGUCCAUGGCUACUGAUGUGAUCAAGGCUCUGGUCCCGCUGGCCUGCAGGCAAGAUAACAUCUUGAUUCGUAUGGUAGCAGAACUCCUUGGUCUCUUUUGCACUAUUGAAAAUUUACAAAGCAGAGUUCUUGAGGAUGGCUGCCUAAAAGCUGUGCUGGCUUACUCAGAGUCAGCAGAUACUGAACUGCAAUUCUGGGCAUCAGCUCUACUGUUGAACAUGGCCAUGACAUCUGACGGCGUCAAGAAGGAAAUCAUUAUGCUGGGAGGAUUAAAGUCUCUAAUGGAGUUAGCCAUUGGAGACAGUGAUCACCCGCAGUGUUCUGCUCAUGCAGCCAAGACUCUUGUCAUGUUGGGAUUUCUUGACACAGAAAUCCCAGUGUGCAUCAAGUCGCUUGGGUACAAAAACGGCGACCGUGUUAGUAUUUUAAUCAACGGCAAAGAACAUUGUCCUAAUAAACCUGGUAUCAAUAUUGUGGUGAUGGACUUCACGACAUUCAACGUCACCGAGGCUGCAGCAUUCGAUACUGGGCACGACAAGGAAGCCAGCGAUCACUUUGUGGAGUUUGUUGAUAUGAUACCAAUAGGUACACUGGUUUUCAUAGCGGUGCGAGGAGAGGCAGACUAUUAUAUGACUGACAAGGCAAGGUUGAGUCUAAAAGACAUUGGUAUCGAAGAUUAUAAUUUCAAGACUGGCGAACUUUGGACAUUUUGUGGAUAUAAAAGAAGAGACGGAGCAGUACAGAUUUCUCUUCAACGAGGCUUUGAUGUUGUUGAGCUGUCCACGACGUUAAGUUUAGGUUACUAUUCAAAUGAACAGGUCCAAGGUUACAUUUUGUUACCACUGAUUGAUCUUUUGAUGAGCACGCCUGCUUCGCUCGCCAUCAGCAAAGUGUCAGAACUGGAGCUGCUAACUGUUCUUGCAAGACAUGAUCAUCAUAAAGAAGUGAUGGUCAACUCGGAGGGUUUUAUGGAGUACAUUGUGCAGUUGAUUUAUAGUAUGGCAAACAAGACAGCUGAUCAUCUGAGGGCCAAUCCAUUGCUAAUAGCCCACUGCAUUGGAGCAAUGAAGAUUAUCACUGCAAUCAGUAUUUCCCAGGAGAUCCAUGAUAAAUUCACCGAAUACAAUGUCUUGGAUUGUGUUCUUAGCCUUCUAUCUCUGAUCAACUCUAUUCAGCUCGAAAGGCUGAAACAGCAGCUUAAAACAAGAACUAGAAGAAUGGGACAAACAGACAUUUUGGUAAUCGAAGCAGAAGAUUUCAGUGACAACGAGAUUGUGCAGCCAGUCGAGGAAAACGCAGUUAGUCAUGUGGUUAAUUCUCCUGGAGGAAACUUCUCCAGUGUACCAGAAGAAGUGAAACUAACAGCAAGUGGCUUAAGAACUCCGGUUCACGGCCCCACUACAGACGAACCAGCCUCUGUAAAAAGCGGUUCCCCGUUUUAUAGCACGUUUGAGAAAAAAUCCAACACGAAGCCUCUCCUGACAGAAAGCGUGACAGGAGAAGCGAUAAUUCAAGAUGACUUAGAUGAAGCGUUUUCCACUCUUACCGGCCUAAGUGUGAUAACGCUUUACAACUGCAUCGACUUGAUUUCAAGUCUGGAGGAGUUUCGUAGGCGCCUCUCUAAGGCUGAAACUAUGCGGAUUUUAUGGUGUCGACUUUUGACUGCCUCGUGUGGUUCAUCGACCAUUCAACAGAUUGAACUCGCCACUGAAAUGUUACUGAAUUCGUGCUGCUGCAUGACGAUGUUGGGAAAGUAUACCACAGAACUUGUGGUAGAGCUUGACGAGCAGACGAAGACUCCGGCUCUUGUACUGAGCGCGGAUCGGCUGGAGGCAUCAAAUCCAAACUGGACUUUUGAAAGCGUGCAUGCCACCUUGUGUGUGGGACGUGGGAUGUCUACAGUGCCACCUUAUCCGGCUGGCUGGUACUAUGAAGUCACCCUGAAGUGUACAGGAAUACUGCAAAUAGGCUGGCAAACCGAAGAAUGCCGAUACGGUCCCGAGCGAGGCGUUGGGGUUGGUGACGACAAGAACUCGUGUGCAUUCGAUGGUGCGCGGUGUAAAGUAUGGAGUGGACCCCCUAGUGAACAACUGAACAAUGACUAUGGAAAGGAAUGGAGUUACGGGGAUGUCUUGAGCUGUUUGUUCUCUUGGAAUGGAGAGGUGUCCUUUUGGUUGAACGGGGUAGAUAUGGGUGUGGCGUUUAGGGGGUUAAACCCUGGGGUUAACUGGUAUCCUGCAGCAUCCAUCGCCAUGGACCAGCAGUGCUGCUUCAACUUUGGUGGCAAACCCUUCAGGUAUGAAAUGCCUGAUGGGUACAUAGCUGUAAGUCACGUGGUCUCUAACCUGGUCAAGAAAGCUUCACUGCGCCUAUCGUCGUGUUGGACACCAAUCAGCGGUAGCUUUGAAAGCAUUGUGGAGGAAGAUGAGGAAGUGAUUGAUGAUCAAGAACUUGAGGCCUCAGAAACUAAGACUGACGAUACAGCUCCUUGUGAUAAGGAGCCUUCUAGUGUUGCCAUGAAGGAGGAACAGCCAUCCGUUCUUUCUCUGGAACACAGCGUGGCUGAUUCAGACGUGUUGUUUGACUACCAAGACACUUCCUCUGUGAGCGAAUGUUCUCUCGCCUUAUCUCCUGAACCCACAAAUCACUCUUUAACAUUUGUUACACCUCCCUCUGGUGUCUUCACCACGCCUCAAAGCUCUCCGCCCAAAGUAUCUGGGCAUGACGUGUUCUUUCCUGGAUCCGAGCCUGAGCCUUCGCCGUUUGAAGUGGUAUCGACUGGCGACGAGACAGUGAGUGAAGAAAAGCCUCCAUUUGAAGAAAAACACGUGACCAGCACUCCAUAUUUAGGCGUAGGCCCUUUGAGAGACUCUAUUGGAAGGCACUUUGAAGCAAGGUCACGUCUGAGCUCCUGGCCACAAGUGGCAACCCCAGGAGAGUCUUUCAUAGAGCCAAUUGUGCCUUGUCUGUACUUCGAAGCAGAGCUGAAAUUUGCUCCAUGCCGAGUCAAACAAAUGGGUUUCAUCAAUGUGGAAACAAGGGAGAAAAUUUAUUGUGACGUACAUGACGGCCAUCUUCAGUUUCCCAAGUCGUCCAGUCCCACUCCGCACGAACAACAAAGUUUCAGGGUCCCGGAUGUUGUGGGCUGUGCAGUAAUAUUAUCGACGGGACAGAUCAUGUUUACCUUAGAUGGAGUAGCAACCGGACAAUUUUACGACUUCCCAUCAAGUAAACCAUCGUCGAUGGUCAUUGAAAAUCUUUUUCCGUACAUAUCUUGCACUCGAAUCCGUUGUAACUAUGGGCAACGGUCGUUCCUGUUUGGGGAUGCGAAUAACAAAGAGUCUCUUGUUAUGAGUGGGGCUCUGCUGCAUGGACUGGCCGAAGAAAACUUAAGGCUGUAGGCUGACAAUAUAAGUGUAUUUAGAACAACACAGCGGUCAAACGUCUGCGCAUGUGCGGCCUUUGGAAUGAUUCGGCGGCGUGUUUUCAGGCUGUCAAAACCAAGCGGCCUCACGCGAGUUUCAAGUAGCCACAUAAGCCCUCGGUCACUGUGUUUUAAAAGCGUAUAGCUUUUUCGGUAAAGCUCAAAACAGAAUGCUUUGCAAGUCUCGAGUUUUUCCAUUGCUCUAUUUUAGUUUUUUUUUUUUACAGAUUUCUGUGAACUUUUCCAAUUAUCCUUUGCUUAUUUUGCAAAACUGCGGUUGUUUUCCUUUGAAAUUUUGUGCGGGAAAUUGGCGCGCGGUCGGCCAAAACUGAAUCCCUCGCGCAUGCCCGACCUUUGACCGCUGUGCUAUUUAGAAAAAGGUACAGUUUCAAGUUAAGGCCCAGCAGCUAUCUAUGAAGUAUUCGAUUGCUUUUUGAAAUGAUGCGAAGCAAGUUAAGUAUUUUUGCUGGACCUCUUUUACCUUUUAGAAUGUCUUUCUCGUGUCGGUUUGUAAGUUUGUGAAAAAUGUAUCAUAGUGGUAAUCUGACAUGCGAUUAAAAAAACACUCAUGUUUCCCGGA